UGAAAUCAAGAACAUCACUGAGGAUAUUUUAACAUUGAUGAGGUGUCCACCAAUGUCCAAUAUCACCCAGAAAGAACUUAACAGAGUAAGACUGCGUUCCUAUUGUAAUGCAACAGGUGUUUUAUACUAUACAAAGCAGAACACAGCUGUCAAUCAAAGUGUUCCAUAUGAGACGAGCUCAAAACUGACAUAUAAAAUAAAUGAGGAACUUCACGACAUGCUUCCUGAGGAUUUUCCCUGGAGUAAACAGCCUAUUAGUCACUGUGCUGUGGUUGGGAGUGGAGGGAUUCUGAAGAAUAGUAGCUGUGGAAGAGAGAUCGACACUGCAGACUAUGUUAUCAGGUUUAACAUGGCUCCCAUUAAUGACAGUGAUGUUGGGCUAAAGACUGAUUUACUCACCAUUAAUCCUAGUCAGCUCACACGCUACAAAAAUUUGAAGUCUAAUCCAGGUCCAUUAGUGGAGCGUGUGAGCGAGUAUGGUAACUCGUCAAUCAUCGUUCCAGCCUUUGCAUAUUCAUACCACACUCGGGUAUGCGUAAAUACGCUCGAAGUGCUUCAGUCAAUCCGACCUCAACAACAGAUGGUCUUCUUUUCCACCAGUUACCUGAAGAACCUGAGUGGUUUCUGGAAGAGGCAGGGCCUGAAAGCCAUUCGUCUCUCCACCGGGUUCAUGUUAAUUAAUGUGGCACUAGAGGUGUGUGAUCAUGUGGACGUUUAUGGAUUCUGGCCAUUUGACACCAAUCUGGAGCAGCAGGAAAUUCCACAUCACUAUUUUGACAAUGUAGGACCCAAACAUGGCGUUCACGCAAUGCCAAAAGAGUUUCUCAACUUGCUGAAGCUUCACAGCCAGGGAGCGCUAACACUGCACCUACAGCCCUGCUUAUAACAGAGGUUCUCCUGUUGAAUCUGAAUGUACUGUAUUAUUUAAUGGUUGGUUGGUGAGGAGGGAGGCUGUGAAUGUUUGUUACUUUUGAUCUACUCUUUGGUCUAUAAAAUUAUUUAAAUAUUUUCUAUUUUGAAUUGUGAACUUGGACAAUUAACUCCUAUAUAUUUAAAUAAAUACAUUUGGGGUUAUCCUUUGUUGCGGAGUUUAUACUUCACCCUGGGUUAAUAAUGAUUCCUGAAUGUGUUUAGAGUUUAUUGUUACAUAUUGUAUUUAAAAACAUACUUUUUUACUUAUUUAUGAGAUUGCAAACAGAUUUCUGUUU